CAGGUCGACCUGAACAACGCCUGACCAAUCCUAGCGCUUGAAUCCUCCACUGGGCGGGUCUAGUCAAGAAAUGCAGCGGGACCUCCUUCAAGCGCAUGCGCAGCCGUCGAGGCUUCCGUAACACGGAAGUAACCGUGCUUUAAAGUAAAGUGGCUGCGUUUGACAGCGUGCUGAGUAACCGGAAGCAACUUUCAAAAGCAUUUAGUGUGAAAACUAACAAAGCGCUCGUUAGUUUUAGGAUGAACACCACGUUAAAGCACUGGAAGGAGGCGGCGACUCUUAUUUUAGCCGCAGGUCACAAGCUCGGUGCGGACCGUUUGUCGUCAAGGACUCCGCUGACAGCCGCUCCAGGUGCGCUGCUGGACAGCGUCAACGGACGCGUCGACUACAACGUGUUAAUGCUGAAGCGAAGCAGCGCGAGUACGUUCAUGCCCAAUGCGUACGUGUUUCCCGGCGGCACGGUGCACUCUUCGGACUUCUCGAGCGAAUGGUUGGACAUUUUCAAAUCGUUCAGCAGUUCCCCGAAUUUCGGUCUGAGAGGUGUCACCCAGGCGGCGGAGACCAGACCUCCCAUGUUCGCCACCGACCGGCGGGCACUGGGCUCCCCGGUCCCGGGAGAGGUCGCCUUCCGCAUCUGCGCACUGAGGGAGACGUUCGAGGAGUCCGGCGUGCUCCUGUGUGUAUCCAAGCGGGAGGAGGAGAGCUUGUUGCGAAGCUUAGGUGACCGAGGAGGCCCGCUGCACUCCAGAGCAAACGACCUGUGCGCUCGAGAAGUCGACAGGUGGAGGGACCUGGUGAACCGGAACCCGUCGAACUUCAUCCAGAUGUGCAGGGAGUUGGAGGUGUGGCCUAACAUCUGGGCUUUGCACGAGUGGAGCAACUGGCUGACUCCCGCAGGCCCACACGGUGUGAAACGGUUCGACACCGCUUUCUUCAUCUGCUGCCUGCAGGAGAUCCCACACGCACUUCAAGACGAGAAGGAAAUCGUGUCCCUGGAGGUGAUUCAUAAAUGUAUCACACAACACAUUUAUAACUAG